AGCCAAUUGCUGUUGAAGUAUUCUCAGGUGAUGGACGCAACUACCUCCUAGCGUUUCAAAAAGGAGUGAGAAAUAAAGUCUAUCAAAGGUUUUUGGCUGUUGUUCCAUCUUUAACUGACAGCUCAGAGUCAGUAUCCGGACAACGACCUAAUACCAGCGUUGAACAAGGAUCUGGCUUGCUGAGCACUCUUGUAGGGGAGAAAUCUGUUACACAAAGAUGGGAGAGAGGUGAAAUCAGUAACUUCCAGUACCUGAUGCACUUAAACACUUUGGCGGGUCGAUCCUAUAAUGACCUUAUGCAAUAUCCUGUCUUUCCAUGGAUCCUUGCUGACUACGAUUCAGAGGAAUUGGAUCUUAACAACCCAAAGACAUUUAGAAACUUGGCCAAACCAAUGGGGGCCCAGACUGAUGAGAGAUUAGCUCAAUAUAAAAAGCGCUACAAAGACUGGGAAGAUCCCAAUGGUGAAACCCCGGCCUAUCAUUAUGGCACCCACUAUUCAUCAGCAAUGAUAGUAGCUUCAUACCUUGUGCGAAUGGAACCUUUCACACAGAUAUUUUUAAGACUGCAGGAUUGUACUUUGAGAACUACCUGGACUAUCCCCAAUCAGAAAGUGACACUGAAUCCCAAAAUUAACAGUCCCUGA